AUGUCCCAGCAGCAGUGCACAGAGUUGUUUGUCGAACCUGCUACUCUGUCAAAAAAUCAGAGGAAAGAAUUAGUCCAGGCAUCAUUCAACAAAUGGAUUCUUGAGCUGAGGAAGAGUUUUGAUGCCCAAGUCCAUGCUAUUGUGCAGGAAUUUGUUAGGCACGGUUCAUGCUAUUCAGCAAACCAGAUACGAAAGCAAGUUGUCUAUAAGUUUUCUGCACCAAAAAAAGUACGGAAGCCAAUGCUCCCUAAUGCCUGGGCACAUGCAAAGGUGCAGGCACGUCAUAAACAAGAGAAAGCGCUGCCAAACCUACCAUACUCCAAAGAGUACCUUGAGCUUCUUGACGACAUCAACAAUGAAGAAGUGACGUUUGAUGACAUAAAGAACCCACUUACUCCAAUGGAUGAACAUCACGCAUGA